ACUUUCUUUCUUUGAUAUAGAAAUAAGUGCUACUUUCCUACUACUACCAGUUUGUUCUUAUUGUCGUAACCCAACAUUACAUACUGUUGCACAACUUGUACUUUUUUUUUGCCCUAGCAAGAUUUUUCUGAUCAUUCAUUAUACAGACUUUUUACAACCACGAGGAAACUACCCACUAAACACCCAUUUGAAUCAUCAUGACAAAGCGAUCACACUCCGACACUCAUAGCCAUACUAGAGGCAAAGAUAAGUCAUCGUCUAACUUAAAACUAAUCAAUACUUCCAAUGGGAUCAGAGUAUCACAAGCAUGUGAUCGAUGUAGAAUCAAGAAAAUCAAAUGUGAUGGACAGUUACCUUGCGUAAAUUGCAAGAAAAUUGGAUUUGAAUGCAAGACAAGUGAUAAGCUAACUAGAAGGGCUUUUCCCAAGGGGUAUACUGAAAAUUUAGAAUUGAAAUUAAAGGAGCUUGAACGUAUUAACAAGGAUUUGCAAGAUAAGUUGCAAGAUUUAGGUCAUACAAAGGAGGCAGACACGAGUAUGGGCCCAAGAACUUCGUCCACAACAUCAAUAUCUUCAACUCCUGCCAAUCCGAGCAUUCCCACUACCACCACCACAAAGGAUAAAGUUAUAUUUCAAUCGUCUAACCAAUCGGUUCAAAUUAACAACCCAAUUGAUCAAAUUUUCAACCUAGACAAUAAGGGAAUAAUUAUUGGUAAUGAUAACCUAAACUUUGAAUCCCAAUUUAACCAUUUGCUUAUCGAUUUGAACUUACCUUUUUUGAAAAUUACAAACACCCAUAACUAUUUGUUAAAUGAUCCAAACAGCUAUCUUUAUAAUCCUUCGUACACCAAAAGCAAUCAACUACACAAUAAGGAUUUGGAUAUAAUUUACAACCCCUUGACUGCGGAUGAUCACAGUAAUAAUACCAGCCAUGCCACUCCAGAGUUAUCACCUGCACCCGCUGGUCAGAAACUUCCAGUUGACGUUUAUGACUUGUUUAUCAAACUUAUCAACAAUUUCAAAAACUUGUUUAGCAGCAAAAAGGAAAUGGACAAUCAAGUGAUUCAAUUCUUUCUAAAUUACAAUAUUUUCAUUCCGAUUUUUGAUUAUAAGCAAUUCAUGCUUUCAUACGAAGCUUUUCACAAUAUGUAUCCGUUCAUGUUUACCUAUGAUGAUGCAACCAUAAAUGGAUUCUACCUAUCAAAUUCAAGUGAUUACAAUCUUGUUAAUCAGUAUCUCCUAACAAUUAUCCAAAUUUACGCUAUGAUCAUGAUUAAUGACCCAACCAUUAAUUUAAACUUACUAUUAAACCAUCCAAACCCGCAAUAUAAUCCACCCUAUGAACUGAAGCCAAAUGCUUCAAUUAUAAAAUCAAUAUAUGAUUUCUUGCCUUAUAUGAAUGGAUUUCAUAUCUCGAUAAACCAAUUACAAACUUACCUUCUCUUCUUGUAUUAUUCGUUGUUAACAAACAAUAAAGAAAAAUCAUUGAUAUUAUCGGCAUUGGUAAACGCAUUCAUUGGUGUAUUGGGGAUUAAUCUUAAUCUGAAGAAUUUGUUCUUUAAUGACUUAUCAUUAAAUCAGCAACAAAGAAGAACAAGAGUGCAGAUAUUUUGGGUGUUUAAGAUUUUGUUGAAGUGUUUUAAUUUGAAAUUUGGGUUCAAGCCAAGUUUAAAUACCACUGUAAUCAAUCCAGUCACUAUUGAUAGGUAUUUUCAAUUGACCCCGGAAAAGUUGUCUUCUUUAUUAGAUGAUAACGAUGACUUGUUUAACAACUUAUUAAAGCCAAGUAUAGAGUUCUUGAAUUUGAUGAAUAUUGUUAUUCCAUCAUCUUUCUCCCCCAACUAUUACCAAUAUUUAAGGCAAAACAAGAAAAAGCGUGAACAUCAUAGUUCCCAUAGAUUAGACUGGAUUUUGAACGAAGAUGAUGGUGAUGGGAAUGAUGGAAACUUAAAUUAUAAUUAUAAUCAAUUCUUAACCAUUGACAAAAAUUUAGCAAAUUGGAGACAAUCGUUGAAAACCAAGAAAUUACGUUUAGUUCCCUUGCAUAUGGAAAUGGGAUUGCCAAAUUAUUUAAAUAUCACUGAAAAUGAUCUUUAUCAUGAUAUAAAAUCACAAACCUCGGGUAUAACACCUACUGGAUUGGUUAAUUAUGAAACUACAGGUACACCUGAUAUUCAUACCGCAUCUCAAUUGAUUAAAAUUCAACUAAAUUUCCAUUAUAUUUUGAUAAGAUCUAUGAAUUAUCUUAACUUUAUAGUGGAUAAGGAAUUGAAUUUCAACAAUUAUCAAGAAAUCGCCGAGAUUUCCCAGGAGGUAUUAAGUUAUUUCUUAUUGAUAUUCGGUCAUCUUGAUAAAUCAGUGGAAAAGCUAGCUGAACCUAUAAAGCCUUCAAAUUCGGUUGUAAUGCAAAGCUUAGGAUUAGAUGUUGAUGAACAUGGAUUUGUUAUUAACGAUUUUGCCAAAAAGAGAAAGAAAAAUAAGAAAGCCGCUAAAUCUAAAAGAUAUGUUAAACAAAUUCCAAAAUCUCCAUUCAAUAUCAUGUUGAAUGGAUUAUCUAUGACAGUCAUCAAUUUGAAAAAAUCGAUUGUAUUGCAGAUGAUUUACCUUUUGAUAUGCCAGUUAAAGUUUAAUAAACCUACUGAAAAUUCGAUUGAGUUAUUAAAUAGGUCUGUUGAUUUGUUUAUGCAUGUUUUCAUAAAUUAUAAACCAGGAUUGGAAAAUUCUGAACGCAAAUUAAGAGAAGAUAUUUUAUUUAGAAAACUCAUGAAUGAUGAGUUUAAGGAUGAAAUAUUAAACAACCAAGAUGAUGACGAUGAAGAUGAUGAUGAAGAACCAGACUCCUACAAAUCAAUAGAUUGGGAUGAUGAGGAAUUAGAUGAAGACUUGAAGUACUUAAAAAUAUUGAAAUAUGUUAAAUAUAAAAGCAAUGAUAUUUUACAUCAUUCAAAGAUUCCAACUCCAGAUCAGGUGCACUUUCAUCAUCAUAUACAUUCCACUUCCCCACCACCUGCACCUCCAAAACUACCAUUACCAAAUCCAUCAGCUAGCUUUUAUGGACAACCAUCAUCAUAUUCAUUAAACAAAGUCCCGUCACUUUCAAAGUUUGACAUGCAAUUAGACUCAGACAUUAGACAAGAUCAAGAUUUAAGUAAUAAAGAACGAGGGGUGAUUAAUGAUUUAAUCAGACUUAGUCGAACACCAACUACAUCUCCCAAUAAAUUGCUUUCACCUAUUCAACCAACGCAACCGCUGCUGAUGCAAUCGCUGAAUCUUCAUCCAUUGCCUCCGCCUUCUCUUUUAUUGGACAAAAAGGGCAAUUGGGGACAACGUCAUCCCAACUGAGUAUUAUCAGAGGUAUUGACAGUUAUAUAAUAUUUGUAUAAUAUGAUAUUUAUAGUGUAUAAUUAGAAUCUAUUUGAUUUAAAACAAUUUGUUGU